AUGGCCGGCUCGGUCAAACGGCCAGCGUCUACAACUGGGACUAUCUCCCCACCUCCGGUAAAGAGAAAGAUUGAAUCCACACUGACAAAGCAAUCGGUGUCAUCGUUCUUCACCCCCGCAUCUCAAAAGAAGCCCGAGCAAAUCACCUGGCGCAUCGUGAACAACAGUCUCGUCGUCGGCAAAUAUGCGAAGAAAGCAGACCAUAAACAGACUAUAGAGAAGCCAAAAGUUGCUGCCUUUGAUUUGGUGGGGAUGCAUCUGCUGGGAGCACUUGGACGGUGUGGGAGACUGACACGCCGUAGGACUCAACACAUUCCACUCAGUGUUUACGCAGCUACUCUGGACGAUGGUUACAGAAAGCCAAGAAUCGGGAUGUGGAAAGAGUUCCUAGACGACUAUGAUUUUGACGUGAACGGCGUGGACUUAUCAAAAUCGAUUUAUGUUGGAGAUGCCGCUGGACGGCCAAAUGACCAUUCCCAGGUAGAUCGUGGGUUUGCUGUAAAUGCCGGAGUUCCAUUUAAAACACCAGAGGAGUUUUUUCUCAACGCCGCGCCGGAGCCGCUCGUGGAAUCAUUCGACCCUUCUCUAUAUUUACAAUCGGACCAAACCGAUGAUGCUUCACCCCCCUUUUCCCGUCAAAGCGCUCUUGAACUAGUGAUCUUCUGCGGCAGUCCCGGCGCGGGCAAGUCGACUUUCUACUGGGAUUAUCUGGAGCCAUUGGGAUAUGAACGAGUGAACCAGGACAUUUUGAAAACGGAUCCCGGAGCGGAGCAUCGCUCAUGCAGGGGCAGCCAAAGAGAUCAAGAAAAAGGAAUGCUAAUAAGACCUGGCCAGCGUCCUAAAUGUAUCAAAGUCGCCAAGGAACACCUUACGGCCGGAAGGUCCGUGGUAGUCGGUAUGUAA